UUGGCUUGGGGACCCCCUGAAGAGAGUUUGGGGUGAGCUUCCCGCGAGUAAUGGUAACCUUGGUGGCUGGUCUGGAGCCUCUAGUCACCCCCAGAGACAUUGCCAGUUCCUGAAGGCCAAAUUGCCUUCAGUUCUACUGUUUGUGUACUAAUUAAAAUCUUUAUAGCCUUCCCCCGCAACACACACACACACACACACAUCAAAAAUCCUUCUGAGGGCACGGGGUUAACCCAAAGGUGCUUUUUCAAGAGGCAACUGGCCUUUCUUGUUUUUCUUUGAAGAUCUUUCGCUUCUCAUCCAAGAAGCUUCUUCAGUUCUGACUGAAUGGCAGGGACUGGAGGCUCCAUGGGACCAUCACCCUCAUCACCAGUCCCUGCCCCAUCAUCAAGCUGCCUUCGCCCCAUCAUUUGCAAAGGGGGAGGGUUUCUGCUCUCCGGCCCCAUAGCUAGAAACAUCUUAGAGGCUGGGUUUGCACAGAACCCGCCAUCAGUCCGGUCCCAAAGGGAAAGGGGAGACUCUGGAGCGGCAGGGGCCCCCCAAGAGCCCGGGGUGGCCACCUGACCUCCGCCCUUGGCCCUUCUGUCCACCAGAUGGCGCCCGUGCACUCUUUGGGGAGGCUGCAUUUCCUUUCAAGGGCAGGGGGUGUCUCUUCUAUGGCAUCCCAGACAGCCUGGUCCCCCUUUGGAACAGCCUGCUUCCCCCAACUCCUCAUCCACCCCCCCCCUCCACAACACCCCUUUGGCCUCUCUCCAAAAAGUUGCCUUUCUGACCGGAAGCAAUAAUGUAUGUGGGGUGCACAGAACAGAGACUCCCCUAAAUGAUGCCAUACGUGAAUUUGGCGAGAAAGGAAAAGAGCCCCCCCCCCCAAGCCUGCCUGGGACCCAGCUCAUCCCAGCCGUCUGGGGGCCUCGCUCUCUUUUGCCCUUUGGGCAUCUUCUGCCCCACACGUUUUAGAGCCCCUCCCUCCUGUGGGCAUUGUUUGCUCCCGAGGCACAUGGGGGUGUGGAUUCAGGGAGAAAUUGGGGAGUAGCAGGGGAGGGGGAGAGAGAGAGAAGAGGAGGCAACUUGGGGAGCCCCCCUACCAGGGAGAUCCUGAGGAGCCUCUUGAUUUCUGGGGGGGCACCCCAGCCAGAGGGGAACAGCUGCUGAGGAGGCAUCCGCACGACUUCUUUCCUCCCACCCAGCUUCUCCAGGAAUGCCGCUCUUCUCCGGCGAGGGGGGGAGGAAGGAGGGGUGUUAAGCCCAGCCUCCUUGGCCAGGAGCCUCCUCUCCCUAUGAAUAGUGGUGCGGAGCUGCCUAGCCCUCGUUCAGCAGCAGCAGCAGCAGCAGCAGCAGCAGCAGCCGGUCUCUCUCUCUCUCCCUCUCUCUCUUUCUCUCGGCUGGACUCUGCCUCCGAAAGGCGCCUGGAAGAUGGAGAGCUUCCGUGGCUGCUCCUCGCGGCCCUUGGGAGAGGACUCCCUCCAGAUGUGGGACCUCAACAAGCGUCUGGAGGCCUACCUGGCCAGGGUGAAGUUCCUGGAAGAGGAGAAUGAGCUGCUGAAAGCCGAGAUCCAAGGCCUGAAGGGGGGCUCGGUGGAGACCCCCUGGAGGGCCAAGUAUGAAGCGGAGGUGGCCGCGCUCCGGGCCGCCCUGGACCGAGCCUAUCAGGAGAAGUGCGUGGCAGAGCUGGCCAGGGACUCUCUCCACGAGGAGGCCCGGCGGGUGAGGAGCCACUGCCAGAGGGAGAGGGCAGCGCAGGAGGAGGCCAAGAGGCUCCUGUCCCUCGACAAGAAGGAGAUGGAGGAGGAGAAGCGGGCCCACAUUUGGCUGAGGGAGAAGGCCACCCAGCUGGAGACAGAGAUGGAAGACUUGGUGGAGGCCCACCAAGAGGAGCUGCUGAGGCUGGACCAGGAGAUCAACAGCUUCUCCCAGAGCCUGGACGGCUUCCGGGCGGUGCCUGUCUGCUUCCAGCCAGUGGAAGUGGAAGACUACGCCAAGAGGCUCUCCAACAUCUGGAAAGGGGCGGUGGAGACCUACAAGACAGAGGUCUCACAGCUGGAGGCUUCCCUCUGCGAAGCCAAGGAGAACCUCUGGAAGGCCACCGAACGCAACCGGCAGAACCAGCUGCAGCUGCAACAGCUGGAGAAGGAGCUGGCCAGCCUCCAGGGCCGGAAGAAGACUUUGGAAGAGAGCCUCUCCCAGCAGUGGGCUCAGCAGCAGGGCGACGCUGAGAAGUUGCAGAUGGCCAUGGAGGCGCUGGAGGAGGAGAAGCAGUCGCUGCGUGGCCAGAUCGCCCAGGUGCUGGAGGACCGGCAGCAGCUCAUGCACCUGAAGAUGUCGCUCAGCCUCGAAGUGGCCACCUACAGGACCCUCUUGGAAGCCGAGAGCGCCAGGCUGCAGCUGCCAGCCACGGAUCUGCAGUUGGCCAGGGGGCUCAGAGAUGCGACAAUAACCGAGUCAACUCACGUCAGGCUGCCAGGGCCGUCGAUGGAUGGGGGCCGCUCGGGGAGCUGGGAUGUCCGCCCCAGCCCUGCCGCCUUCCCAAAGCUUCGGGGGUUCCACAGCAAAGUCGAGUCGGCCUCCUGGGGGACAAAGAGCCUGAGCUCCGCGGCCAGAGAGUUCCAAAAGGCCAACGCCUCCCUGCGGCACUCUCAGGCCACCCGAAGCGCCGACGGGCUGCUGCUGCCGCCAAAGGAGACCUCUGCCUUUCGGCUGGACGCCUCCCAGCACAGCCAGAGGGUGACGGUCACCCAGCUGGAGAGCCUGGCCCAGUCCGUCUUCUGCACACAGCCCCCUCUGACUUUCAACUCCCUGGAGCUGGAAGAGGCUUCGGGAAGGUCCCCUGAGAGCCUGGAUCAAGGAGAGGAGAGCAAAAGGGGAGCAGAGAGGGAGGCCGAAGGUAGAGGAGGGGAGGAAGGAAAAGCCUCUGGAGAAAAGGAGACAGAGGAAGAAGAGGAGGAGGAAGAAGAGACACGGCUCCGCCAUGAGCCACCAGCCGAGAGGGAAGUCCUGAAUGGGCCUUUUCUGAGCCAGAUGGUUACUGAAGCUGUAGAAACUGCGAUCCAGGAAGUGAUCCCCAAAGAAACCCACCUUGAAUCCAGCUUGCUCAAGGCGGUCAAAAGCCAAACAGACGUUUCUUCUGACCGCGUUUCAUCCCUGGAAGAGGAGAACAAGGACACCCUUCCCCCGACUCGUACCGAGGGGCUGGAGGAGGCCCAGGAAGAUCACAUGGGGGAGAGCCAGCCCACCGAUCUCCUGGAGGACCUCCAGGUCUGUGAAGACUUUGCAGAGGUCAACGGUGGCCAGGAAGCCUGGGCUGAGCUGCAAGGGCCGGAGGAGGCUUGGCAGGCCCUGGAGGCAGAGGCCCCCUGGGCCCUGGGAGCAGGACCGCCGAGGGUAGAGAGGACAGAAGAAGGCGGGGCUGUUCUGGUCCCUGAAGACCAGGAGGGGGACGAAGAGAGGGGGUCUCCGGAAUGGAAGGAGGGCGAGGCGGAUGAGGAGCUGCCUGCCUUACUGGGGAUGACGCUGGGGAAUCUGUUGGGAGAAGCACCCAGGAACUCAGAAUUUGCCACAGAGGCCCCUGCAAAGGUGAGCGGCAACCAGGAAGGCUGGGAGCUUGACAGCCCCCCCUCUGACGUCCCCGAGGGAGCCCCAGAAGUGAAGCCAGAGGAGGUCCAUGGAGGGACAGAAGAGGUGGAGAUGGUCAGCCCAGAAGACCUUCUCUCUGAGCGAAGGGAAGAGCCCCAGAGUCCCACCAGGGAAGGCGAACCGUGCAAUCUGCAGGCCGGGCUGUUUGAGAGGGAGCACCUGGAGGUGGAAGGCAGCCCAGCUGAGGAGGACCCGUCAUCCGCCAUCCUUACAGCAUCGUCUGCAGGUGAACACCAGGCAGCUCUCUUCCCGGAGGGGGAGCAGGAGAGCGUGGAGAGCCACGAAGAGCUUCUUCACGAGGCCGAUUCUGCUCCGCCAGAGGAAGAGAACCAGCCGAAGGAUCUGGACUCCGAGCUCUUCUGCACGGAAGGUGACCGGCCCAGAAGCUCAGGUUCUGCCCUAGAUGAAGAUGGCAUCUCGGCAGAUGAGCCAGAGAGGGUCGAGAGCAGGGAAGCCGCAGAAGAGGAGGAAGGGGAUGUCGUCAGAUCUCUUCCCACAGAAGAUACGGGAGACGAAGGAACAAUGGAGACAGAAGGGCCCCUGGAUGGGGAGGCACCCAAGAGUACCUGGGAAGUGGGGGUGGCAAGCCUCCAGGCGCAGGAGACGCUGCAAGAGGAGCAAAGAACGGAGGUGCCUGAAGAGCAGCCGCCGGAGGAACAGGAAGAAGGAGGAAGAGAAGGAGGAGGAGGGUUCUCAGGGACCCCAUUGCAAGCUGAAGGGAGCAACGUGGAGGAAAGAGGCUCAGAGACCAUCUCUGGAGUGUCGGAAACAGAAGACAUCAUGGAUGCCCUGGAGAUGGAAGAGGUCCGUGGGGCUGUUGUGGCAGGAAAGUUGCUGCCGAAGGAGGAAAAUGCCCCCGAGGGCUCUGAAGACAGAGAAUUGGGGCUGGACUCUCCCCAGGCAGGAGAGCCACCAGCCGAGGCAGAAGGUCCCUCCACGGAAGAGACCACCUGCCCAGAAGAAGUCCAAGGCUCCCCCCCAGAGGCCGAGUCACUUGCGGAGGACUCCGUUUUCCGGGGGGAGGAUUCGGGGUCCGAGGACACCUCCAAACAUUUAGAAAUUCUCCCAGAUUUCCAGAGGGAGAGAGCUGGGGCUGGAGAGGAGACGUUGCCAGCCCCCCUGGCUUUGGACAAUGGGCUGACCGUGCCCGAGACUCCACCCAUUCCUUCCUUGGGGAGAGAAGAGACGCCUCCUUUGGCCCCAGAGGCCGAGGCCCCCCUUUCAGGAGAAGACGCCGCAAGCGUCAAGGUGGAUGGAGUGGAGGAAGGCGCUCCGAAGGGAGAAAGCGGCCACAGUCCACAGGCUCUCCCUGAGGAAGUCGGGCCCUGCUCAGAAGAGCUGCUGGCCGCAGAGGGUCCGGCAGAAGCCAGGGUCCAAAGAUCACCGCUCACAGGAGAGGAUGAGGAUCAGGGUCCUGGGGAGUCCGGGGUCCCCGGAGAGGAUGAGCGGGAAGAACUGGAGGGGGCCCCUGGCCGAGAGCCUGAGGAAGACCCCUGGCAGGAGAGCGAGGUGGCCAGAGGGCCAGCGGUCCCCAAGGAAGAGAUGGAUGCAGAACUUCCUUUGGGGCCAGGAGAGCCCGGUGGGUUCCCAGCAGAUGGGUUAGACGCCCGCUAUAGCCAGCAUGAGGAAGAGGAGGAGGAGGGGCCCUUGGAAUUUAGCGACCCAGAGGCUACAGUUGUGGCCCCUGCAAAGGUUUCACCCCUGACCAGUGUGGCUCAUUUGGAAGAAAUAGUGCUGGAAGGUGAGAGCUCUCUGCCUGGCCCAAGGGGGGCUGUGGAGUCUGAUCUGCUGGAAUCCGGUGAGGACGAAGGUUUCCUUGUCUUGGACCCAGAAGAUCUGAUCCAGCAGAAAACUCUGACCGUGGAAGGUCCCCCAGGAAGUGGCGUCCCUGAGACAUUCCCAGAGGACGUGGUGGGCCUUUCUCUAGACAGCCAGAGAGACCCCAAUAUUCUGGAAAUUGUAGAACAAGCUCUGGAGUUUAACCAAGAGUUGAUGAAGGCAGCGGAGGAAGAGCUGGGAGGCCUGGGCUCCCCAGAAGAGAGGUCCCCCUAUGCCCCCCCUGCAGGUCGGGACCGGGGGCUACCCCGGCUUUCCCCAGAGGCUCCAGAAGGCUCAUCUCCCGUCCCGAGGGAAGCCCACCUGUCGCUGGAGAGCCAGGCGAACGGGCUUCAGGAGGAAGCAAGCCUGGAAGACUUCCCAAGCGAACUUCUCAACGGCCUCGGGCAGGAGGAGACGGACCCUCCUGGAGAUGAUGGCUUCGUCAAAAGGGUGACUAUCACCCCACAGUUCUGCACAGAAGGCCACUUCCCCAUGGCAGAGACCCUAAGCCAGAGUCCCCCCCCAAUCCCAGGCUGUGAAGAAGGGCUUAGAAGCGGAGGCAUCAGCCCUGAAGGUCUUGAAAAGGUCUCCCUGGAUCUGGAAGGCCAGGAGGCUCUAGAGGAGAACCUCCUGGAGCAGAAGAGCUGUGGGAAAGGAGGCAAGGAAACCAAGCUGGAGCCCAGGCCCUUCCUGUUCGGGGACGAUAUUCGGCACCAACCCUUGGAAUUCCAUCCGGAAGGGGAUCUGGACCUCCAGCCCUCGGAAGACCACUGAAAGGUCCCCUUUCGGCCACUCAUCCCAGCCAGUGAGAACCAGUGUGAUUCCUGCUAAAGGCACCCCAUCUGUUCCAGUUCCACAAACUUUCCUUUUUUUCCAGCUGCCUUCCUUCCUUCCUUCCUUCCUUCCUUCCUUCCUUCCUUCCUUCCUUCCUUCCUUCCUUCCUUCCCUCCCUCCCUUCCUCUCUCCAAAGCCUGAGAGAGACCCCCACUGACAGUCAAAAGCUUGGUUAGGCAACGUUUGCAGCCCUUUAACAUUUUCCUGAUAGGCUUUUUUUUUUUUAAUCCCUCUUUUUUAAAAGAAAGAAAGGCACUCAAGUUGAAUUUCUCACAGCUUUUGUCUUCACCUUAACUGUAACCAGCAAUUUGGCAAAAUUGUUUUGUUUUUUUUAAAAAAGAAAAUGUUAUGUUUCAUCUGCCUCUAGUUGUGCCCAGCAGGAAAAUAUGUUGUUUAGUAAGAUCCAGUCUCACACCCUGUUUUUCUAAGUGAGGCACCCUGAAGUUGUCCAGGCAAACUCUGACAACAUCCCCUCCUCCCCGCCAUUGUCUGGGUCAGAAGGGCUUCUCCUAUAGUGCAGAGUUUCCCAGCCUCUCCACUCCCAGAAUUCCCCAGCAUGCCGACUGCAGAACUCCCAGAAUUCUCCAAUAGAGCAUGUUGGCUGGGAAGGUCUUCUGGGAGUCGGAGUCCACCUAUCUUACAGUUCCUGAGGCUGAGACACACUGACCUAGAGGGAGAUUUUUUUUUUUCAAAUAGUGACUCCUGUAACUUUCUAGUGUGCCUUACUUGAAUACGUGGAACAAAGCUCUGGAUUUUCAGUAUAAAUGUGAUUUGAUGCUGCUCCCUUCUCGUCCCCUUCUUCUCUCCUUGGUUUCCCAGGAAUCCAUUUUCCUGUUAUCCACUCUCAUUUAUCUAUGUGUGUGUGUGGGGGGGGGGUUGUCAGGAUACUCAUGUUGGCAAAGGUGCCUCUGCUUUUGAAUGGGACCGAUCUAACAACCCUGCUAGAAAUAUCCAGUUGUUCCUUUGCUUUUAAGAGGGAGAAGAAAAGUCACAACUCUUGAAAGCCCCUGGCAAUCUGCUGCUAAGUAUUUGGCCAGCCUGGGUUGGGCCCCGGGAACUGGGGAUUUGUAUUUGGCCACGCCAGGGCCAGGCUCUUGGUUAGCAUCGGAUAUUUCCAAUCUUACUUUCCCAGCAUCCUCUGGGGAAGAAGAUAAUUAAGAGAGCAAUCCCCCAAUCCUGUAGCUGGCCCAGGCAGCGUUUUGGUCCCAUGGAAUAAACUCAAAACCAGCGAGUUUCUGCCAGCCUCAUUUUAUCUGCCCAGUUCACAGAAGCUAGCAAAGUGGAAGCAGAAAUUUCCCCAAGCAUGGCUUGAUUUCGCCUCCCCUCUUUUGAACAAGGAUCAGCACCGAUCCAAGCCCAGCCUUAGAACGUGGGCAGAGUUCUCCAGAGGAGAGCUGAGGAUGGGGAGCGAGAGGAAUGUUCUAGAAACAGGUUCCGGUGCCUAUUUUUGUCUCGCACUUCAGUGCCUUCUACGAUAAAGCCACGAUGAUAAAACAUCGGAGCUCCACCUGGUGCCUCCGAGACACUAAUAAAGCAAUUGGUUUCUUACCCUGUACAAA